AUGUCCGCCAUCGCCGUUUCGUCGCCCCCGCUGUCGCCAUUGGGAAAUAAUCGGGAUAAGAGAGUCUCCUUCGGCGACGACCACACAUUUGUCUACGAAAAGGAGGAUGAUGCGACUCCGCUGAUGCCAAGACAACCAUUCACUGAUGCCGACGCCCCCGUGUCUCGAGUAGUGGUCACUUCGGAGACAGUGAUUCCAGAAGCACCAUCCCCAAUUCCACCGCCAGCACAAUUUGAAGAAGUUCGACGAGUCGCCGUCUCACCGCCACUUCCAUCAAAAAAAAUGACGGACGCUGAAAAUCCGUUCCGGCCAGAGGAGAUACUGUAUCAUGAGGUGGACCCGAUUGUUGAGCAAUAUCUCCAUAAACCAUUUCCACCCAGUCGUCCUGGCUCCGCCCAGAAUACACCAACGAAACAGCAACAUUUCACUCAGGCUGCCACACCACCACCAACCACCAACGAGUCUCCGCUGUACCUUCAAAACGGACUGAGCAAAGAGCAAUUGGUGCAAAAUGAGAAAAACAAUGAUGCACAUCAUUCGGAGCCACUGCUCGCCGAGCAUCAUCGCUCGGAAGAAUAUGUCAAUGAGCUGCCACCAGCGGGAAAAGUCGAAUUAAUACACGUGAAGAAGAAGAAGUGUGGAUGUUGCUCAGUACAAUGA